AUGUCUGUUCAGUGCUGGUAUCGAACGCCAUGUGAUCAGGCUGUAAAUGUCACCACAGAUAUUAACUUAAACCAAAUCUGCUGGGUUAUCUAUCACAGAGGAAUAUAUUGCAAUGGGACUUUUGAUCAAUUUGUUUGCUGGCCUUAUUCAUCUCCAGGAAAUGUCUCUGUUCCUUGUCCAUCUUAUUUACCAUGGCUAAAAAAUGGAAGUGCAGGAAAUGUAUACAGAGUCUGCUUGGACCAAGGAAUGUGGAAAACGUUAGAAAACUCCAGCCAGAUUUGGAGUAACCGAUCAGAGUGCAUUGAGAAGAAUCACGGGCAGUCAAAAAAAGAAAAACAUCUAUUGUACAUCACCCUUCGUCAUCUUUAUACUGUGGGAUAUUCUUUUUCUAUUGCUUCCCUUGUAUUAGCUCUACUCAUGCUGCUGUUGCUGAGGAAACUGCAUUGCAUGAGAAAUUUCAUCCAUAUGAAUCUGUUUGCUUCAUUCAUCCUGCGAGCCGCAGGGGUUCUCAUAAGGGACAGUAUAACACACAAUACUUACGUGUUUGUUUAUUUUGGCUCUGAAAAGCCAAGUGAUGAAAACGGAUGGCUUUCCUUCUUGAGUGUGGAGAAGUUAACUGUUUGCAGGGUGGUCCAACUUUUCAUGCAUUACUUCAUUGGAGCAAAUUUUUUCUGGCUUCUAGUGGAAGGAAUUUACCUCCAUAGGUUAUUGGUAACCACCAUGCUCUCUGAGAAACACCUGCUGCAGAGAUGUAUGUUCAUUGGAUGGGGUGUUCCAGUUUUGUUUGUAGCCUCCUGGGGAAUAAUAAAAUACCAACUGGAGCAUGAAGGAUGCUGGGCAACAAAUCGGAACAUGACAUUCUGGUGGAUUAUUCGAGGGCCUAUAUUUUUUUCCAUUGCAGUUAAUGUCUGUAUCUUCUUUCACAUUCUAAAGCUGCUGCUUUCGAAACUUAAAGCCCAGCAAAUGAAUUUCCAUGAUUAUAAAUUCAGGUUGGCAAGAUCAACUCUGGUAUUAAUACCAUUACUUGGGAUACAUGAGAUUGUCUUUUUCUUCAUCCUUGAUGAACAAGUCAAAGGGAUUUCCAGGGAUAUAAAACUCUUCAUUCAUCUGACAAUGAGUUCCUUCCAUGGGUUUCUCGUAGCACUUUUGUACUGUUUUUCUAAUGGUGAGGUGAAAGCUGAACUGCAUAAGCAAUGGUCUCAUUUCCUGCUGGCAUAUCCCUUUGUCUGCCUGCCAUGGAAUAUCAUCAAGCUCCUGGGGAGGUGUCCAAAGAAAUCCAAGAAACAGGAGCAUUCCUUGGAAAUGUCUCAGCCUCAGAGGAUGCAGAUGACAAAGCAGAGAUCAUGCUGCAAUGUUGAGCUAAGUCCCACAUGGAGGCCCAAGCCCAGAAAGAGCAGCUCUGACAGCAGCGAAGGAGAAGUCACAGGUGGUGAGACCACUGAGGUCUUUGAAGAAAGUGAGAUUUAG